UUCAUAUAAAAAACAAAACCCCCUUUCCGAACAAUGGCGGGAAAGAAACCCUAGAUUCACAAAUCAAACACACUGCAACCUACUCAGAUCGAGACGAAGAAGAAUCAUGGAGCCACCGACGCCGACGGUGGUGGAGAAAGUGGUAGCAGAAGCGGAGGAGCUGCCGAAGGCGAUAGUAAGGAGGGUAGUAAAGGACAAACUGUCGCAGUUAUCACAAAACGGUGCUGAUAUUCAAGUUCUCAAGGAUUCUCUAUUGGCCUUCUCCGAGAGUGCCCGUAUCUUCAUCCAUUACCUCUCCGCUACGGCAAAUGACAUAUGCAAGGAAUCGAAGAGGCAAACAAUUAACGCUGAAGACGUGUUCAAGGCGCUUGAAGAGAUCGAGUUUCCAGAAUUCAUUGCACCACUAAGAGCCUCUCUUGAAGAGUUCAAGCAAAAGAAUGCUAAAAGAAAAUCCGAUUCUUCCAAAGCAAAGGAAGCCAAAAAGAGCAAAACAGAGGAGGAGCCUGUAACGGAGAACGGAGAAUCGCACGAAAACGGUGAUGAAGAUGGGAACACAGUUGCUGAUGAAGAGUGAUUGUUUACUCUCCUAAGCCCAUUCAAGUCAUCAUUUGUUUUCUUUUAAUUCUGGGCUUUGCUGAGGUAAGAACUUGUAGUUCUUGUAGCUGUAGGUAAGUUUGAUGAUGUCUAAAUGGAUUCUAAUCGAAAUAUGUAUUGGAUUUUGGUUUUACCGAAAUUAGAAAAUACUGCAUAAGUGCAUAUUAUGAUAUGAAUUAUGAAGUUGUAAACAAAUGAAAGUAGUACAAUGCUUGUGGCUCAUGAGACGUCACUAGACA